AGCAGGCAGAGUGCAGACAGUGAGGAGAGUGUCAGAGCAGCUCAGUGUCCAAACAUGCCAGCGUACUCCACCAGCAUGAGGCUGAAGUUGCCCAUCUUGGCCUUGAUCCUGGAACUUGUCACCAUUCUCCUGUACGCGCUUUUCGUGGUGUACGAUGACGGCAAAACUGCAAGUCACCACGAUGGUGGCCAUGGCAAAGACAACAGCACUGACCCUCAUAAUGAAUCAAACCCUGUGGCCCUCUACCCCAUGUUUCAGGAUGUCCAUGUGAUGAUCUUCAUUGGCUUCGGUUUCCUCAUGACCUUCUUGAAAAGAUACGGGUUCAGCAGUGUGGGCAUCAACCUGCUGUUGGCUGCCUUCGGCCUGCAGUGGGGUUUAUUACUGCAGAACAUCUGGCACCUGGAGGGUGGGAAGAUCAAGAUUUCCGUUGAAAAAAUGAUUAACGCAGACUUCAGCACAGCCACGGUGCUGAUCUCGUUUGGCGCUGUGUUAGGCAAGACCAGUCCAGUGCAGCUGCUCAUCAUGACCCUGCUGGAGAUCACCACCUUCUGCAUCAACGAGCACGUGGCUGUCGGUAUUCUGGAAGCCUCUGAUGUUGGGGCUUCCAUGACCAUCCAUGCGUUCGGAGCGUACUUUGGGCUCGCCGUGGCUCGUGUUCUUUAUCGCCCUGGCCUCCGGAACGGCCACGACAAUGAAGGCUCCGUCUACCACUCCGAUCUGUUUGCAAUGAUUGGUACUGUGUACCUGUGGAUGUUUUGGCCCAGCUUUAACUCCGCUAUUGCUAAGCCUGGAACUCCACAGCUCAUGGCUAUCACCAACACCUACUUCUCUCUGGCUGCGUGUGCACUGGCAGCCUAUGCAACCUCUAGCCUGGUGGAACAUAAGGGCAAACUGGACAUGGUGCACAUUCAGAAUGCUACGCUGGCCGGUGGAGUUGCUGUUGGAACAUGCGCUGAUAUGAACAUUGGCCCUUUCGGUGCCAUGGUGAUCGGAGUCACCGCCGGAGUCAUCUCCACUCUUGGCUUCAAAUUCCUUUCCCCCAUUCUUGCAUCCAACCUGGGCAUUCAGGACACCUGCGGAGUUCAUAACCUGCACGGCAUGCCUGGCAUUCUGGGCGGUUUGGCUGGCAUUUUGGCUGCACUACUGGGGAGGAAAGAAGGAGCGACUCCUGGUAUUCAGGCUGCAGCUUUGGCCUCAUCUCUUGGUUUUGCCCUGGUUGGGGGAGCAAUCACAGGUCUCAUAAUGAAGCUUCCAAUCUGGGGGCAGCCACCAGACCAGAAAUGCUUUGACGACUCCAUCUACUGGGAGGUUCCUGAGGAGGAAGAGGAGGCCGGGGAGAGUCUGGCUCAGGCUGAUCAUUCAAAUAACAAAGCAGAGGCCUAAAGCUCUUUACAGCUUACUCACAGCAACAAAACCACAACCCAUAACCGACUCAGGGUACUCAACCACCAGAACAUCACUUCAGGAGCAGCUCCAGCCAAUCAUGCCCACCCCAUUAUUUCACUGCUUACUUUGCUAAAAGCCUUUUUUAUUGUCCACUUGCUUUAGUUUGUGGAUGCUUUUAAUUAUUUUUCAGCUGGGAAUGUAAAAAACUAGCGUGUAGCUGGCUAAACCUAUAGCUAAAUACUAGCUAAACACAUGUAGCUCAACCAAACUAGCCAAGUCCAAUAAGCUAAAAUGUACUAGCUUAAUCCAACUAGCUAAAUUUAGCUAACUACUAGCUAAACCAUGUGGCUUAACCAAACUAGCCAAGUCCAAUAAGCUAAAAUGUACUACCUUAAUCCAACUAACUAAACUUAGCUAACUACUAGCUUAACCAUGUAACUAGCUAAGUCCAACAAGCUAAAACUUACUAGCUUAAGCCAACUAGCUAAACUUGGCUAACUACUAGCUAAGCCCAACCACAUUAGCAAACUAUUAACCCAACCAUUUGCUGUUUCAUUUGGAACAGACUUUAGAUCGGCUUCCGAGCCAGAGGAAAAAAAGACUGUGUCAAAGAAAAGCAGAUCUCUAACCCCCCAGGGGAAAAGAGGAGGUGUAAAGAGAAGGUGAUGAAUGAGAAAAGUGAGAUUUCUUUCUACACUGAUAGACUGCUGAAAGAGUUCUGAGACAUAGAAUAAAGCUAAAUGAGAAAACAAGGAGAUCUUACACUCUUCUUAUUGAGAUAUUAUUCAGCUCGGACUGGACUGAGAUGAGUCGGACACUAAAAAGAAAAAGGUAUUAACCACGUCUAGGAGAAGUACAUGAGAUUAAGAGGAGAUCUCAUUUAGAAUAUUUCUUCCUCUGGGAAAUAAUCCUGUUGAAAAAGGCUAAGCUGGUUUUAAAUGUUUUCAUUUGGUCUUUGAUAGUCAAAGUGGUUGCCCUGCUGGUCAAACUGGUCAUGCUGGUAGACUAGCUAACGAGCUUGAGCUAGCCAGGCUGUUUUUGUCAGCUGGGUGUUCAGUCUAUUCCAUAUUACAGAUGAGGAUAAAGUCAAAAUCCAAAAUUUAAAAUCCAAAAGAUAUGUAGAAAAAAAAUCUACAUCAUUACCUUUGUAUAAGGAAAGGUAAAUGAUUUAGCAACACUAAAAUUGCCCACUCUGGGUCCAGUCUGAGAGGCCUAUAGCUGACUGUCUCAGACCGGUUGAGCUGUUUGUUUUAGAAAUGUAGCUACCAAUUUAUUCAAACCAAUAAAAUGCAAUUCCUCAGUGGAUAACUGUAGACUAUGACAGUUGGUCACUAAUUCUUGCUGAGGUUCUGAGCCGUAGCCUGAGGAUUAGGGUGGUCACCCAUUUUCCUCAGUUGUGCUUUGCAGUUUCCACUUUGGCUUUGCAUUAUAUUGUAAGACCAAAUAAUCGAAAAUAAAAAAGAAAGAUGAAAAUGAGAUUCCUCGCUGUUACAGUUGAUGUGCAGAUAGUACUUAUAAUUGUGGCUGACCACAAUAUUCAAACAUGUAAUGUAUUACAUUAAAAUAUAUUCUAAGUAGCUCACAAUUUUAUUUCCAUGUUGAUAUUUCAAACAAUCUCCCUACUAAUCCACAUUGCAGUCUGGUUCACAUGUUGCUGGACAAGAAACUGGCUCCUUAAGUCCAACUGCAAGUUUUAAUCUUCCUUUAUUCUUAAUUCCCUUAAGCUCUUGUAUAGUUAAAAUGAAAGUUUGGCAGAAAAAAAACAAAUAUACAGUUUCUCCUGUACCUCAAAUGUAGUUAAUUAGCCAAGACAUGAUUGGAAAUGAUUGGUCUAAAGUUUUUUUUAGCUUUGCACUGGAGCUACGAGGCUAAAGUAGCUAACAACAUAACGGACGUUUAUUCACCUGUUAUCAUUGUGUGUGUCUAAAUAAUCACAGACUUGCCUCUAACCAUGUUGAGUUGUUAGGUAACCUUAAAAAACACAUAAGAAAGUCUAUUAGAGAUUACUUAACAGCUCAACACGAUUUGAGGCAAGCGUGUGAUGAUUUAGACAUCCAGUUAGCAUGAUGCUAAUGCUAAAGUGCACUGUAAGCUUCCACGAGAAGAGAUGGGAACACAUAAAUAAUGAGCCUUUCAUUACAGAACCCCCUUCAGGCUAAAAGACAGAACUGAAGCGCUACACGCAGUAAAUGUGGUGUUUAAAGGGAUAAUCUACAGACCAACAAGUUAUUCUGGCAUUUUCCUUUAAACAUCAUAAUUACUACAUGUAACACUCCAUUUUUGUGCUUCAGACUGUUUUUUUCUAUAAUAAAAGUCCCCUUGCUUAAAGCCAUAUUGAACCUGACAGGUUUUUGGAGUUUACUUUUGCUUAAUGUGAAAAAUAAACUUCAUGCCUGUAGCUAUGUAUAAUAAAUUUGCUACUACAGACUUAUGUAUGUCUCUGCUUCUUAGCUACAUUAGCCUUUAGCUCCAGUGCUAAAACUAAAGCAAACUUCAGACCCCCAAUACGUCUAGGCUGAUCGACUGAAGUUGGUGUAAAGGGAGAAACUGUGUAUACAUAUUUAAUUUUACUAUUUUUUUAUUUUUUUCAAAACUAUCUCUGACACAGUCAGUCCCUCUUUUUCUUGCUGCUGUUCAGAUGUGAGGAGAUUUAGAGGAUUUUAAAAGGAAAAUCAAAUGAAGAACAGCACAGUCUGGUGAGAAAGAGAGAAACGACUGAUUCAGUAUGAUGCAUAUGUUAGAAUGAAUGUACGUUUGUAUGUUUGAGUGUUUUUGUAUCACAUGCUUCAGCCACCAGUGUAGUUAGGAAGAUGUAGACCGCUUAGCAGAACCACGAGUAUUACAAAAAUGAUAAAAAUGUAAUGAAUAUACAUACUGUCAUAAAUAAAUAUGUUUUUAUACAAUA